GUCACUGUCCCACCCUUUCAUAUCAAAUUUACUUUGAAGGCUCAGUAUAUUCUAUAAAUUAUGAUUCUGGUUUUAUUUGUUACAGGCGAUACUCACCAAUCUGGGUGCCGUUUGCGUGGGAAUGCUUUUGCAUUCCGGUGUGCGCUCUAUAAAAUUGUUGGGGGGUGCGGUGAGCCUGCAGACAUUGCAGAUCCUACAACCAAGAAAGCACAACAGCAUUGCCACACCAGACUUUUACAAGUCAGCAUCCACAAGGCGAGGCAACGGAGAAAAUCUACCAUGUCAGGAGAAGAAAUCAUCUACACCACCUACAAGCACAUGGAAGUAACAGGGAAGAUGGCGUCAGUCCAAAAGUGCUUCUUUCUAAACAAACUAGUCCUCAAUGUCAAGGAGAUGCAAAUAAAUGAGAAAAACAAUCAUGAAGUGACCGUCUACCACUUGAAAAGGGAUUCGAAAUCUGUUGGAUUGGCGUUCAGUUUCCUGCAUAAUAAACAGCGAGUUUUCUCUGUUGUCGACGGGGAUGAAUUGAAGCUAGAGAUGAAACCAGACGUGAAAACAGCCUGUUCAGACGAGAAUUGCCUGUUCCAGUGGCAUGAGAAGACAGGGGAGUGGGGCAUCCUGAAAUCUGUGGCGGAACCUCAAAAGUACCUCUGUAUCGUCAACAACAAGGUCACCAUCGGCCCAGAGGAAAAGAAGGGUACAUUUCGGCUGACAUCAAAGUGAAUCAGUACAUUAGACAUCUUGACAGUGUCGGCAUAGAUAACCGGCUUGUCUUCUGGGGUCAGAAAAAUACUUGUCUUUGUGAAUUAUCCCUUUAAAUAGGAUGAUAAGCAUCUUUCAUUAUUACAGGCCACUAUUAUAUCCAUGAUUAUGUGUAUUUUAGUCGAGAAAAACCUGUUGUGGAAGGUGCUACCCUGCUUACAGACACCUGCACACUCAACAUCAAGAUUCAGUACAUAGUUUGUCUGAGAAUUGAAUUCUGAAUACAAGUUGAAUUACUUUGUAAAAGGAAUGAUGGGAGACAGAGAGAGAAACACUGUAUAUAGACAUAAUUAAUUUGAAUGUCUUCAUUCUUUUGGAAAUACAGUGUCAUUUUGUUUUUAACUUUUGUUAUUGAUUUCACUUCCUUUGGCAUUGUGACCAUAUGUUUUCCCAGGGAGAGGGAGGGAGAGACUUUUAUUAAAGAAUGUGAAACAAUA